AAGAGCAUAUGUGAGUACUCAGACGAGAUCUACAUCAUGAAGGUAAAGUGUUCGCGCACCCGAGAAUGCGCAGGUGACGUCAGUUGUAAACAAUUCAGAUGAUUGGGCGGACAUACAUUAGUGCGGAUGAACGGAAAUAAAGGAGUGUUUAGAAAACAAAGAGGGGAUCUGAUUACAGGACUGUCCUAGCAAUCAAUGACCAUCCAUACAGAAGGCCCGAUCAUGAGGUUGGAGAUCGACGCACUCAGCUCCGGUUUGAUGUAGUGCCCAAGACUGCAGAAAAUUUCCUUAAACUCUGUACAGGAGAAGUUGGCUAUGGGUACAAGGGCUGCACUUUCCACCGCAUCAUCCCUAACUUCAUGUGCCAGGGUGGAGACUUCACCAAUCAUAAUGGCACAGGCGGCAAGUCGAUAUACGGCGGUAAGUUUGAAGAUGAGAACUUCAACUUGAAGCACAGCACUCCAGGCACGCUUUCCAUGGCCAACGCAGGACCCAAUUGUAAUGGCUCUCAAUUCUUCAUCUCAACCAUCAAAGCUGACUGGCUGAAUGGUAAACAUGUGGUGUUUGGCAGCGUAGUGGAAGGGAUGGAGGUGGUAAAGAAGAUGGAAAGUUAUGGCUCCAACAGUGGAAAGACCAGCAAGAAGAUUGUUAUUGCUGAUUGUGGGGUUCUAGAAGAGGCCCCCACAGCUUAACAACCAUCCAUUGAACCUCAUGUAGCCCUGGACAUGUAAAAGAGCUGACCAUGGUGCCUCUUAACAACACAUGCCCCUCUCGUUGCCAUGUGUCCUAAUGUGGCUUGAACUCAUUAUUAUCUCAUUCUACUGAACACUGUAGCUUUACCAUUAUCAAUGGCAUUACCCACUACUGCCCCCUACUGCUCAGAGCCAUAGCAGCCUUAAUAAAAUGCAGCACAUCAUAUAGUAGUCAUUCAAUACUCCCAUUACUUUGCUUAUUUACAUAUCUAUUAGGCUAUGUUCACAUCUGCAUCUGAAGGCUACAUCGCAGAUGAGAAGAAAAGUGCUGCAUAUGCCGCUAUUUUAUCCAUCACAGUUACUGCAUCCUUCGGUUGCCAUGGUGUCUAUUGUGUAACUGAUGUGGCACUGUGUAAUGGCUACCAUUUAUAUAAUGUGAAUAGCGCCUCAUUGUUUUGACUGCAUUUGCAUAUAGGACUUACAUACAAGCAUGUCGCUAAAGAAACACCAUAGCCUUCUUACUCCCUCCCUCUCGCCGUACGAGGAGCAAUACGUUGCGAGUCUACUGUUUACGUCUGGGAGACCCAUCUCAGGGUUCUUUCUUAUUUAAUGUUUAUUUGAUGUUUAAACUUAUAAAUAAAAUGCUGAAAUAAUG